CUAAAAAAGGAAGUAACUGUUUCUAUAUAUGUAUUGGAUCAAGUUACUCGAUAUACUAGGUUAUAAACACAUAGUGAUUACAUUAUUUUAUAAAUCACUAUAAAUUCUGCAAUCAAACUAUGGAAAAUCAUUGCAUGUAUUUUGUAAAAAGAAAGAAGCGUUAUUGCCGUAUGACAGUAAAACAAGGAAACAAAUACUGUGGCGAACAUCAAGAAUAUUCAUUGGAAUCUACAAAUUCCAAAGACAAUGAAUCUGUAGAUAAAAGAAUAAAGUGUCCACUUGAUUCUACACAUACAUGCUUUGAAUCAAAGUUGUCUAAACACUUGAAGGUAUGCAAUGCGAAAAGGUUGAUGGAUGCGCAACCUUCCUUCAUUGUAAAGGGAGUUAAUAUUGAUAAAACAUGCGAAAAACCGCAACAUAUACCACUUUCUGAACUUAAUGAGCUUAUAGUAAAUGCAGUCAUAGAUAAAGUGACAGCUGCUUAUGAAAAGUUGCCUCAAUUUCCUGAGGUAGUGAGAACACACAAAGUACUCAGUGAUAAAAUAAAUGAUGAAUCUUAUGGGAAAACUAUUAAGAAACAUAUGUUACAAAAUUCUUCAUUGUUAUCUCACUUAGAAGAUGCAGGUCUUGUACAAGAUAAUACAUGUUUUAUUGAAUUUGGAGCAGGGAAGGGUAAAUUAACUUACUGGUUGGGGCAAAUGAUAAAGAAUAAAAAAAAUAGCUGUAUAGUGCUAAUAGAUCGCUCUAGUCACAGACAUAAAAGUGAUAAUAAAUUAAAGAAUGAACAGUCUCCUUUGGUGAUAAAAAGAAUUCGUGCUGACAUUGCUGAUUUAAAGUUAAAUGAAAUUACAGAGAUACAGAAAUUUGAAUGUAAGGUUGGAAUAGCAAAACAUUUGUGUGGUACAGCUACAGAUUUAACUGUAAGUUGUUUGGUUCAAGCAAUGCAAAAUGAUCCUAAAUGUAAUGUUACUGGAUUAAUAAUAGCAUUCUGUUGUCACCAUAGAUGCGAAUAUGCGUCAUAUGUUGGAAAAAAUUAUUUAAAACAAUGUGGUUUUACUCCAAACGAAUUUACAAUCCUAUGCAGCAUUGCUAGCUGGGCAACUUGUGGAUAUGGUUUAAGUAAUAUAACUAAAACUUCAAAUAAUUGUAGGGAUACAAGAACAAAUACGCGAAUAUUAACUUCCAGUGAAAGAGAAAAUAUCGGUCGCAAAGUAAAAGCUUUAUUAAAUUGGGGACGAUUAGAGUAUUUGAAAAGUGUUGGAUUCCAGAGCAAUUUAAUUUAUUAUACCACUACCGAUGUAUCUCUGGAAAAUAUGUGCAUAGUAGCUACAAGAAAUCAAAUUUAGUAAUUUUAUUACAUCAUGUAAUUAAUUUGUUUUCCUUCAU